AGGCAGCGCCAUGGGCGCGGAGCAGAGCGCCGAGGCCGACAGCCGCCCGGGGGAGCCCAGCGCCGCAGCAUCUCCGUUGCCAGCCAAGCAGCGAGCAAAAAUGGACGACAUUGUAGUCGUAGCCCCAGGAACACAAUCCUCACGGAAUGUCAGCAAUGAUCCAGAUGUCAUAAAACUGCAGGAAAUUCCAACUUUCCAGCCUCUUUUGAAAGGGCUCCUGAGCGGGCAGACAUCGCCGACCAACGCCAAGCUGGAGAAGCUGGACCCGCAGCAGGUGCUGCAGCUGUGCCUGCGCUACCAGGAGCACCUGCACCAGUGCGCUGAGGCCGUGGCCUUCGACCAGAACGCGCUGGUGAAGCGCAUCAAGGAGAUGGACCUCUCUGUGGAAACUCUUUACAGCCUCAUGCAGGAGCGCCAGAAGAAGUACGCCAAGUAUGCGGAGCAGAUCCAGAAGGUCAACGAGAUGUCUGCCAUCCUGCGCCGGAUCCAGAUGGGCAUCGACCAGACGGUGCCGCUGAUGGAGCGGCUGAACAGCCUCCUGCCAGAGGGGGAGCGGCUGGAGCCCUUCUCCAUGAAACCCGACCGGGAGCUGAGGUCAUAGCGCUCCGGCAGCUGCCCCUCCUCACCUUCCACACUCCCCAUUCAGCACGGACGCUCUCCCAGCAGGCUGCAUUGGCAGGUGUUUGGAGCAGUGCUGCUGCCACCUCUCUGCCAGGACCCCGGAGGGGCAGUGGUGUCAGCUGCCACACAGCCAGGAAUCCAGGAGCUCCCUGGAGAUGAUUUACCGUUCUGCCAUCUCCCUCCUCUUGCCCUCCUGUCUCCUUUGCCACUACACCGCUGUGCAGAGAUGUUUGUUUCAUUGCUGUGACUAGUUGGGGUUUACAGAGGAGGAAUUUCCUUUCAUCUGAUUUAUUUUUUUUUUACUAAAAAAAUUCAAAGGGAUAUUGGGUGUGACAAACCCUCUGACAUGUUUCUUGUGUGACCAGAGAUAAGACAAUUAGAUGGCUGGAAAGUAUUUCUGAAAACCCCUGGCCUUGGAAAUACGUGUGUUUUAUAGGUGAAAGUGUGGGAGCCAGGAACUGGCUUAUUAAAAUCUGACCAUUAUAAUAAUUAACAUGGCUUGCACUGCAGGGUCUUGGCAUGUCCUUGAGGCUCCUGUUUCUGUGGGCUCGCUAAUUUAUGAGGCUGUAAAGGAGUAACUGUUUUAGAUAUGUAUGUCUGUUAACGUAAAGCAAACUUUAGUGUUCCUCUUCCCCUUGCCCUGGAAAUGUCCCCAUGUCCCAGCUGGUGGCAUUUCGUGUCCCUCUGACAGGCACCGGUACCAACCUGCUCACUUUGCGUCCCAAAGUUGGACACAAGGUGUCUUUUUUUUAUUGGGACACUUGAGUUACCGUGGUGCUGGUUUUUUUUUUACCAGUGGGAGUGCAGCUGCUUCUUCAAGUGUACGAGGGUGGAGGGGAGAGACACGAGAAGUCCUUUGGCUCUUUGUGUUGGUUUAGCUGCCAGGAGCUGGUGGUGGCACGCUGCUGAAUGACUGAAACCACAGGGCUCUUCUCAGCCACCUGCUCCAAAGGCAACAGGAUGUUCUUGCCUCCUCCCAAGCAAGCCAAGGCUGGAGAGCCCAUGAGCCCCAAGGGUUGUUGUGUGUUAGGAGUGCAGUUCCAGCAGUGAGGACAGUCAGGGACAAUCCAGAUUCCAGUGCAGCACAAGGUAGGGUCACUUGCCAAAGGUGACUUGCUUCAGUAUGUCAUAAUACUUCAGAGCAUUUGUUAAGCAAAAGGUUGUCUCUGAGCAUUUGGAAGUAAGAGUGCAGUAGGUUUUUGAUUGUAGUAAUUAUUGCCUGGUGGCAAGAAGCAACAGGCUGUUCUCUUUCUUGUUGCAUUCCCAAAGGCUACGUAGCGUGAACUUGUCUCAUGCAGACUGCAGCCAACUUAGAUGUGCAUCUGAACCGUGGUGGUGGAUGGAUCCCAGGGCCUGCUGAGCACUUGUCUAGAAGCAGAGUCCUGUAGAAAUUAAGCCCCCUGGAAUGAUGUCCUGGGAAGUGGGACUGACUGUUUCAGAGAGGGCAGCAGGACUACUCAGCAGGAUGGUUUUUAGCAAAGGCAGCAGGUCUCCUCACAUGCUGCCGCCUCCCCAGAGGUUUUACACAGUUGUACAUACAUAGGCAUAUGCUGUGUGUUGCCCAGUAUAAAACAUCAGGAUUCCAUCCUUGUUCAAGCUUCCUGCCAUGUUUUAUGCUUGGAUUGUUAAAAGCUUACAUGAGACUUAACACAGGAAAAGCUGCUUGUCAUGGCCAUGCCCCUGUGGGUCCUCAUUGUCCAUCAUGGAAUUUGUCUCUGCCUCCCACCAUCAGACACACAAGAAUAUUGAGCUGCUUUAAAUAGUGGCUGCAGCCACUUUUGUCCUCUUUGUCCAGAUGAUGCUGUCUGGAUGUUUAAAAUGUGUGACAUCUAGCUCUCUGCCAGAUGGGAUCAUGACUGUCCCACACCCUGGUGUGCUGGAAGCCUGUGCCAGUGGGAAGAUCCUGAUACUGGAUCUCAAGGCAAAUGCUCUUUGCUGUAAGACACUUCUCUGAUGCUUGUAGACAUUUUGCCUCAGGCCAAGUAUCAGAUCAAAGCUUUGCUCCCUGCAGUGCUAAUGAGGGCAAAGGAAUAGUAUUCCCAACUGAAGGCUGCAGGAACCAGUGCUGCAAAUCAGUUCCUUCCUCAUUUGCCAGAAAACACCAAAGUAUUGGGCUGAGAAUGGAAGAAAACCUUUGUUCCUAGGAACACUGGUCUUUAGACUUGUGGCUGUGCUGCUAGGCCUCACAGAGAAAGCUUCUUGAACAGCAAGGGCAGGUUGUGGAAAAUGUAAUAACUGAACUAGAAAGAAAUAAGAGCUGAAAUGUGAAGGCCGACUUUCAAAAGAAGAAUGUGACUUUUCCAAUGUGUACGUCAUCACCUUCAUUCCACAGGUGAUUGUCUCUCUAUGGGUACUGUAAGAAGCACGCACCUUCUAACUGCCCUUGAACAAUGGUUUACAGUUUUAUUUAAAACACUGUCACUGCCUUCAGGAACUGUAAGUCUUUGGCCCUCUUGCUGAGGGGGAGACAUGUCCUGCCACAUCAUCUCGAGCUGCUGUUUGUUGCUUGGCUGCUCCUUGUUGGCUUUGCUCCACAUGCUGCUUUCAGCUUCAGCUCUGAUGCAGGUGAUGCUCAGGAUGAGGCUGCUGCUUCCCUCCUACGCUGUUUAGCAGGAACUUGGAGAUGUGACUGGAAUCACCUUUCUGCUUAUGAAUUUCCUCUUCCAAGCCAAAGACUCGUGGAGGAGGCAUCAGGUAUCUUUUGCACCAGCUGUUACUUCUACAUAAAUUUAGUGCUAUGAACAGAGGAUAAUCCUGUGUGCUCCCCUGAAACCAGACACUGCUGCCCCUUUCUGCUUCCUGGGGUGGUGUGUGGUCUGGGGUACAGGCUAAGCUUCUUGAUACAUGAUUUUGGUAAAAGCUGGGGAGCAGGACAAGUCACUGAGGAUGUGGUUCCUCUUUGGCCUAAGCUGCUUUGGCCCUUCCCCUGACUUUGCUGAUGCAACUCCCAAGCUGGUCACUGUGCUGCCCAUGCAGAGCAGGUUUGCUUUGUUGUUUCCAUUGUUUUUGUCACUGAAUGCAUGACAGGGUGCUAAAGUGCCAGCCUACCUGCAGGGCAAUUCCUGUGAAGAUCUGCUGAAGG